CCGGAAGUGAGAUGCUCCUCGUCCUAGGGAUGGUGUUUUCUUUUGCAUAGAUUCGGAUUAACAUGCAGAAAUGAGAGAUAGAUGCGUAGUAUCACAAUUGGAAGAUGAAAUAUUUUAUGACUGAUUGUUCGAAUACUUAAAAUACAUAAUAAGUUUCCCCUGAAGGCGAGCAGGAUGGAUUUUAGCCGAGCUGUCGGAGGAUCCUACACGGAUAAUCUCAUUGGGACUUUACUUGCUAUUUUUGGAAAUGUGCUCGUCAGCAUCUCCCUCACUAUUCAGAAAUACAGCCAUGUGACGUUAGCAGGAGCCAAGGACCCACGUGCCUUCUACCGCACUAAAACUUGGUGGUGUGGUUUUGUUUUGACCUGUCUCGGAGAGGGAGCCAACUUUGUCUCUUACGCUUUUGCUCCUCUUGCUCUUGUAGCGCCUCUUAAUGCUGUGUCCGUCAUCACAAGCUCUAUCUUAGGCCUUCUUUUUCUACGUGAGAAGUCCAAGCCAAAGGAUUUCGCAAUGCGUUAUGGGCUGUCCUUCCUGGGCCUCCUUCUGACUACUGGAGGGACUUACCUCUUUGUGGCAUUUGGCCCAAACUCUCAUGAGAAGCUUCAAGCAGAGAACAUUGUGAGGCACAUUGUAGGAUGGCCUGUUCUCUUAUAUCUGCUCCUGGAGAUCAUCACGUUCUGCCUGCUUUUAUACUUCUACAAACAGCACCGUGCUAACUACCUCAUUAUUAUUCUGAUGCUGGUCGCUCUGCUGGGCUCCGUCACAGUUAUCACAGUGAAGGCGGUGUCAGGCAUGCUAGUCCUCACCUUUGAGGACAACAUGCAGCUGGACUACCCGAUCUUCUACGUCAUGUUUGUGUGCAUGGUUGCUUCAGUCGUCUUCCAGGCCAGUUUUCUUUCCCAAGCUUCAAAACUCUACGACUCCUGUCUGAUUGCCGGCGUUAACUACAUCCUCUCCACUGUGUUUGCUGUGGUAGCCGGAGCCGUGUUUUAUGUGGAGUUUAAGAAUGAAAACGCUCUUCACAUUUGCAUGUUUUUGUUGGGAACUGUGCUCUGUUUCCUGGGAGUCCUUCUCAUCACCAAAAACAGGAAAAGAAACAAAACCUUUGAGCCAUAUGUCACUAUGGACAUGGCAAAUGGUGUCCCGGUUAUUCACAAUAAAGCUCUGGUUGUUCAGCCAGACUUCAACGGUUCCUUCUCUUACGGUGCUCUGGUCAACAACGACGGAGUCGCUCCUGCUGCUUUACCGGCCAAACUGGAGAACCCUCCUGUCAGAUGUAGAACUCCUGAUGCAGCUCAGCCUGACCUGAAGACAGAUUAAACCAAACUUUCUUUUCUGUUUCUAAUCCAUUUAACUCCAGACAACAUUCAAGGACCUUGAAAGGCCAAAAUAGGUAUGUUCAUUUACUGGUGUACUCAAGACCAUCCUCCAGCCCAGGAUCCGUCAUCACCCAGGUGAUUUUGAUUUCCUCUUACUUUGUUUUAUGGUAUGUUAACACCUAGCAGUCCAGUUUGGUUCAGCACAUUAUGGUACAGAUCUUGCUUGCAUUUCUACAGCAAAUUUCCAUCAAUGUUUGCUUGUUGUGAUGGGAGUUCUGGCUCUUUUUGGCUCUUCUGAAAAAUUGCCUUAGCUCAGUAGUAAGAGAGUCUUUUGGCUCCAAAGUAGUACUUUUUUGGGACUAUUCAGUUUUUUUGUCAAGGAACAACAACAAAAAUUGACCAGCUCCUAAGGUUUACAUGAAAAGAAAAGUGACAGGACCAGUCAGCGACGAGGGGCAGUACUUUCAGGCACGGCAGAGUCGUGACGUAAAAACAAGCAGCAGCAAGAGGGGGUACAAUUAUGGCAGAAGAGCUUAGUGUGGACGCUGCUAAAGUGUAAGUUUUAGCAGAACUUGACAAAAAUUCUUCGUUAGAAGAAGAACAAAGAACAGCAGUGAGUUGUUUUCUUUUCAAAAACAACAAAAGUCGAGUACUUGCAUGUCUAUAGUUGCCAUGUUUCACGUUAUUCCCUGUAGCUGCGCACGCGCAGCUCAA